UAAUUCACUCUUCUAAUUUCUUACUUACUUUUAAAAUGGAUCAACUUGGAGAUGAUGAACAAAUUUCCAUGACAAUAGAAAACCAAGAAAUGUUACUCUCUUUCGAUUCCGAAGCCGAGUCUCCUACUCCAACAUUAGACAAUUCCUUCGGGUCGUUCAGAAGAAAUGGGGUAAUCAAAGUUGAAGAAGGUAACGAAGAGCAUGAUUUGAUCAAGGCAGGUUUUGUUAGUGGAUUGCGACAAUUGGGAAAGGAAAUUGAAGUUGUGGCUAUACACAAAAAUUUAUGUUCAACUAUAAUAGGGCAAGCGAAAUUGCAAAGUUUUCGCAUUUACUGUGAAGCAAUGCGGAAGAAAUGCGGUGGAGAUGCUAAUAUUAAAUAUGCUUGGUUUGGUUCUUCCAAAGAUGAAAUUUAUAAAAUUAUUUCAUAUGGAUUUUCUACAAUUACUGAACCAAAAUCUGGAGAAUGUUUUGGUAUUGGAGUUCAUCUCCAUCCUGCAAAUAUCCAUGGGGUAUUAUCGGCAGUGGAAGAUGAGGAUGGAUUAAGGCAUAUCUUACUUUGCCGAGUAAUCUUAGGGAAUACGGAAGUGAUUGAGGCUUCAUCUAAACAAUUUCAGCCAACUUCUCCACACUUUGAUUCUGGGGUUGACAAUUAUUUGGCUCCUAAAACAUACAUUAUUUGGCCUUCCUAUAUGAAUUCUCAUAUUUUACCAAAUUUUCUACUCACUUUCAGGUCUCCUACUUUAUUAUCAGGUGCUUCUUCAAAAAUCAAGAAGGUUCCGUUGAAGCCUUCUCGUAUAAAGUUUCAUGAUUUAUUGCGUGUGCUUUCCAAAUUUUUACAUCCUUCAAGAGUGGUUUUGAUCUCAAAAUACUAUGAAGAUUUUCAGAAAAAUAAGAUCACAAAAUUAGUAUUUAUUCGAAAGCUGAGGCAAAUAGCUGGAGAUACGUCAUUAAGAGCUGUCAUGAAAUUGUAUCCAAAUACUAUUAAGUUGCGAAUUGGAGGAACGUGAUCAGGUUGCAAACAAUAUCAUGAUGGCGGAGUUUGUCAAGAGUGAAAAGAAAUUUUCCUUUCUGUUUAUCAAUUACGACAAGUUUCUUAUUUGUAAAUUAAAAGAAAUUUGCGCAAUUCAUAAAUAC